ACCGGCGCGGCUCAGAAAAUUAGACUCGCAGCGACCUGUGAAGAGUCAUUUGCACAAAAAAAAGUUCGACGUCCAAGUUAGUAAUCCAUCCAUCAUCCCCUACAUCCUCUACUUCUUUCUCCAUACAGCGAUUUACUAGUAGAAAUACACGCAAUGGAUUUCCCAAGGGAGGAAGAAAAGGUCCUGGCUCUUUGGAAGGAGUGGGAUGCUUUCAAGACCAGUGUGAAACAAUCGGAGGGACGGAAACCGUUUUCCUUCUACGAUGGUCCACCAUUUGCUACCGGUACACCUCAUUACGGACACAUUUUGGCAUCUACCAUCAAGGAUAUCGUGCCUCGCUAUGCCCACAUGACGGGACACUACGUCGAGCGUCGUUUUGGAUGGGAUACCCAUGGACUUCCUGUGGAGCACGAAAUUGACAAGAAGCUUGGUAUCACCGGAAAGGAGGACGUCAUGAAGAUGGGUAUCGCCAAAUACAACGAGGAGUGCCGCGCAAUUGUCAUGCGUUACGCUGACGAGUGGCGAUCGACCAUCGACAGACUGGGACGCUGGAUCGACUUUGACAACGAUUACAAGACUCUCAACCCGACCUUCAUGGAGUCUGUCUGGUGGGUCUUCUCCCAGCUUUACGAGAAGGACGCCGUCUAUCGUGGAUUCCGUGUCAUGCCGUACUCCACUGCCUGUACGACUCCCCUCUCCAACUUCGAGGCUCAGCAGAACUACAAGGAUGUCCUUGACCCGGCCGUCGUCGUUGCUUUCUACCUCAAGAAUGAUCCCGAGCACAAGACCGCUCUGUUGGCGUGGACCACCACCCCGUGGACCCUCCCCUCUAACUUGGCCGUCGCCGCCAACCCCUCGUUCGAGUACGUGAAAAUCCACGACGAGAAGGAUGACAAAUACUAUAUCCUGCUUGAGUCGUUGAUCACCACUCUGUACAAGAACCCGAAGAAGGCGAAGUACACUAUUGUUGAGCGCAUUAAGGGAAGCGACAUGAAGGGAUGGGAGUACGAGCCUCUUUUCGACUACUUUUACGAGCAGUACAAGGACGUCGGUUUCCGUGUUGUCAACGCGGACUACGUUUCCGCCGAUAGUGGUACCGGUCUUGUCCAUCAGGCUCCGGCGUAUGGUGAGGACGAUUUCAACGUUGCCAUGGACUGCGGUGUUAUCAGCGAUCGUCGUCCUCCUCCUAACCCUGUCGAUGACAAUGGUAAUUUCACCGAUGCUGUCAAGGACUUUGCUGGGGAAUACGUCAAGGGUGCUGAUCGCAAGAUCAUCAAGCACUUGAAGGAGAAGGGAACGCUCAUUGUUGAUGGUCAGAUUAACCAUUCCUACCCCUUCUGCUGGCGUUCGGAUACUCCGCUCAUCUACCGGGCGGUUCCUGCGUGGUUUGUUCGCAUCAAGGAGAUUAUCCCUGACAUGCUCAACAACAUCUCGAAGACCCGCUGGGUGCCUUCUGUCAUCAAGGAGAAGCGAUUCGCCAACUGGAUCGCCAACGCGCGUGACUGGAAUAUCUCGCGUAACCGAUACUGGGGUACCCCUAUCCCUCUUUGGGUUUCUGAUGAUUACGAGGAGGUCGUUGUUAUCUCUUCCAUCAAGCAGCUUGAGGAGCUUUCAGGCUGUGGCCCGUUGACCGAUCUCCACCGCGACAAGAUCGACCACAUCACUAUCCCCUCCAAGAAAGGCAAGGGUGUCCUCCAUCGUGUCGAGGAGGUGUUCGACUGUUGGUUUGAGUCUGGCAGUAUGCCUUACGCCAGUGGUCACUACCCCUUCGAGAACAAGAACAAGUUCGAGGCCUCUUUCCCCGCUGACUUUAUCUCUGAGGGUCUUGAUCAGACUCGUGGCUGGUUCUACACUUUGACUGUUUUGGGUACCCAUCUGUUUAACACUUCGCCGUUCAAGAACUGCAUUGUUACUGGUAUUGUUCUGGCAAGUGAUGGAAAGAAGAUGUCGAAGCGGUUGAAGAACUAUCCCAGCCCGGAGCUGGUUAUCGACAAGUACGGUUCCGACGCUCUGCGACUGUAUUUGAUCAACUCGCCCGUCAUCCGUGCGGAGACUCUUCGUUUCAAGGAGGAGGGAGUUAAGGAAGUUGUUUCGAAGGUUUUGCUUCCGUGGUGGAACUCGUACAAAUUCUGGGAGGGCCAUAUUGCUUUGCUGCAGAAGAACGAGGGACGUGAGUUUAUGUACGAUCCCAACCUCAAGAGUGACAAUGUGAUGGACAAGUGGAUCCUCGCAUCGCUGCAGACUCUUAUUCAGUUUGUUCAUGCCGAGAUGGCUGAAUACAGACUGUACACUGUCGUUCCUCGCCUGCUUUCGCUUAUCGACGAUAUGACCAACUGGUACAUUCGCUUCAACCGAAAGCGUCUAAAGGGCGAGUCGGGUGUUGAGGACACUGUGGUUGCUCUCAACACUCUGUUUGAGGUCCUGUACACUCUUGUGCUUACCAUGGCUCCGUUCACGCCGUUCUUGACCGAUAACAUCUACCAGCGCCUUCGCGCUUACAUCCCCAAGGAGUUGCUUCCUGAGGAUGCUCGCUCCGUUCACUUUUUGGAGUACCCCAAGGCGCGAUCUGAUCUUGCCGACGAGGUUACUGAGCGCGCUGUCGGCCGCAUGCAGAAGGUUAUUGAGCUGACGCGUGCCCUGCGUGAGAAGAAGACGAUCGGUCUUAAGAUUCCUCUUAAGACGUUGGUCGUCAUGCAUCACGACGAACAGUACCUUGAGGAUAUCCGUGGAUUGCAGCAGUACAUUAUUGAGGAGCUCAACAUCCGUGAUUUGAUCCUGACGUCGGAUGAGAAGAAGUACGGCGUUGAGUACCGCUGCGAGGCCGACUGGCCCACGCUCGGCAAGAAGCUUAAGCGCGACAUCGUCCGCGUCAAGAACGCUCUUCCCAAGCUGACGUCGGACGAGGUCGAGUCGUUUGUUGAGUGUGGCAAGAUCACUGUCGACGGUAUCAACCUCAUCGAGGGCGAUCUCACUGUCAUCCGCGGACUGAGCUCCGAGAGCGUUUCGCACGGCCAGGAGACCAACACCGACCAGGAUGUGCUUAUCAUUCUCGACACUACCAUCUACCCUGAACUUAAGACCGAGGGUCUGGCGCGCGAGAUCAUUAACCGUGUCCAGAGACUGCGAAAGAAGGCUGGCUUGAACGCCGUCGAUGACGUCAAGGUUCAGUACAGGAUGCUCGAGGACGGCGGCGUCGGUCUCACCGACGUGUUUGCUGAGCACGAGGCGCUCUUGACAAAGGCGCUGCGCAGACCUUUGGAAAAGGUCGAGGGCGAGUUCCCCGAGGGAGAGGUCAUUGCUGACGAGGAGCAAAGUGUGCAGGAAGCCAGAUUUGCGCUCAGACUUUUGAAGUUGUAGAUUGUGUAUUGUACAUGCGCGGCUUGUUGUUUAUUGCGUGACUGAUUGUAAAAGUUUACAUGCCUGGCUUUUAUUUUUGACUGUAAUCAAGAUUGUAUAUGAACAAAACUGAAAAUAUAUUUAUCA